GUUGUUUUCUGCUCCGUUCAGAAAGGGCUUUGAACAGAGAACAGAAUUUCCCGAGGAAGAAUAUGUUGAAAAAUAUAUCGGGACCAAAAAGAGCAAAUUAUGCAACAUAUUAUCCGAGAAAAUCCGUCCAUAAUAUCCAUGGUGAUAAUGGUAUUAUGACAUUGUCAUUCAGACUGUUUCGUCUCACGAAAUACAUCUAGAAAUGCAUGUUUUUGCAGCAACUUGGAUCUGCGCGUAGUUGUAACGGAAAGGACUGUGUAGCCGUGGAAUGUGUGCCGAUUUUAUUUCACACACCCAAUGCAAAACCGCUUUGUGGGUCUGAAAAACGUUUUACGUGACGCGAGAGAAAACAAGUGCUUUGUUGGAUUUUCGUACUUUCUUCUUCUUUUUUUUUUUUUUUUUUCUUUCCCCGUACCUUGUGCUGGGGACGAGGGAGGGAAGGAAGGGCAAUAUGGCAGCGGCAUUAGCGUCUUCGCGGGACUUUUAUUGUAACUAUCGUACUCGGUCUCGAACGAGCAAUUGGGGAGAUGCCGAAACGCACCGUCUCAUCGACUUAUGGCAAAUAUUCCGUGUCGAGCUGCAACAGACAAAAAGACGGCGGCACAUCUUCGAGGAGAUGAGUCGGCGCCUCUUGAGCCUCGGCUUCAAGAGGGACGCCAAUGAAAUCCAGGGAAGGAUCACAAAUCUUGCAUAUCUUUACAGGCGAGAAGGCAAAAUGAAGCUCGUUGACCCGUCGAGAGCGCCUUGGAAGUUCUGGGACCACGUCCACAAAGUUUUGCACGGUUCCUCAGCUGUGACUCAUCUGAACCAAGUCCCCACAGACAGUACCCCAGAUGUUUCGCAGCAGGAACCAGGCGUCAACAUUGUCUGCAGGCCAGAGAUUCCCUCAUACCUGAAUGGCGAAAACUCUGAGGACAGCAGCGAGAGUGGGCAGCAGGGAGUCUCCUCAGGACGCCAGCAAGACAUGUUGAUGGCCAUCGUGGAACAGCAGCGGCUCCUCACCCUGGAGAUACUCAACGACGAGCGGCGUCACCACGAGGAGCGUUUGCGCAUUUUACUCGACAUGGAGGACCGCCUCAAGAAAGAACAUAACGAGUUCAAAUUGGCGCUUGUGGAUCGUCUCAACAGUGGUUUUGCGCAGAUCAUAUCUGCCAUCCAUUCCACAUCCUUCACUUGUCCCCACUCGUGCUAGGAACUAGGCUACCGUCCUUAUUUAUCCAUUUUCUUUCUCACCUGGGAUUCCCUGAUGCAGUGUUUGUUUCCACGUUAUCAACCUGUCCCACACAUUAUAUGCAUCCCAUGACCAUUUAAAAUUGUAUUCAUUUGGAAUGUGCCAAUUUGAAAAACAACUACAGUAUAUAGAGUGAGUUGAAGAUCCUUGUGUGGUCGUGGAAGACCAUUUAGGUUUGACUUGCACUGUUCACCGGCAAUGGUCUCCAUGCUUCUGGGAAUGAGUGAAAAACAUUCUUGCUUUGGGUCGUUUGUCAAAACUUAUUAAUUUAGCAUUCAGCGUUAAAGGAAAUAAGAGAGACUGUCUGAAUUGGU